AUGCACGACCCUGGAGAAGCACACAGACGUCGUGGCGCUGCUUUCACUUUUGAUUCUGACGCCUUUGUCGCAUUUGUUGACAAGCUGCGCCACGACGGCAUGGUGCGACUUUCAGCGCCAUCGUUCUCUCAUGCUGACAAAGAUCCAGUUGAAGAUGCUAUUCAAAUCGAGCCUUCUCAUACAAUCGUACUACUAGAGGGCUUGUACUGCUGCCUGAAUGUCGAACCUUGGCGCCGUGCAGCUGAAUGCUGGGAUAUCCGCUGGUUCGUCGAUACGCCACACAGCGUGGCCCGAAAACGUUUGAUUCAACGACACGUCGAAUCUGGCAUUUGUCCAGAUGAAGCAUCAGCGGCAUGCCGUGCGGACAACAAUGAUCUACCGAAUGGCGAUUGGAUCCUUGCACAUUUGUUUGAACCUGUAACACGAUGGGAUGCGCCUACAAUGUCAUCUACAUAA